GGCAAUUUGGCAGAAAUGCAAUGCAGUUGGCAGCACCGCGUAGAGUGAGCGUGCGCAGAGCGCGUAAAACAAAACUGAAAAAACAGAGAGGCACAGAAGACGUCGCGCACGCAACGGUGUUUUAGAAAUUGCUAAAUAAAAAUAAAACCCUUCAUUGAUAUUGAUGCGCAAUUGAAAGGUCAAUCAAUGGAGAGAAAGGACUCCAUUGCUGGCAGCUUAAUUCAGCAAAAUACAAGUCGUUGCAGUGAAAGUCGUAAGGAAAUCCAAAUCGAAACGCAAAAAUCUUCAAGGAGCAAAAUAUUGGUAACUGGACUCAAAGUCAAAAUGCAACGAUAUUAUGCAGAACGUGAGACAACGGGGCCAGAGUUCGACGAUCGUCUAAUAAAACUGGUUCGUGCUAAUCCUGCCAUCUAUGAUGUGAGCCAUCCGCAUUAUCGACGCAAUCCCGUGCGCGUGGACAUAUGGGAUCGCAUAGCUAAUGAGCUAGGAGCUUCAUCACGUUUUCUACAAACGAAAUGGAAAAACAUACGCUACAAUUAUCUGCAGGAAAUUAAGGCACUAGAAACGGGCCAGGUAAAUCCGAAUGUACGCAAACGACGUUUCACUGAGGAUUUAUCCUUCUUACAAAAUACCGCACAAUCGUACAACGUGAAAAAGGCGCAAGCCUACAUUACCCAGACUAAUACACCUAAUAAUGUAAGUGGUGGUGGUGGUGGUGGCAGUAGCGACAAUGACAGCAACAGUUUUCUAUACCCGGAUCCGGAGCACUUGCGCAUCGAUCCGUCGGACAGUUAUGAUAUUAUCGAACUGGACGAUAACAGCGAGGAUGGCUCGGCGCAUGUGGAGGAUGGUCACAGCGAUAAUGAAAUUGUGCCCGAGUUAAUGGUGAUGGAGCCCAAACCCGAUGUAUCGAUGCAGUUCCAUGAUUCGGCAGUCAAUGGCAACGGCAAUGGCAGCAAUAGCCACAACAAUACACAAGUUAGCUCACCGGCCUCCUCACCUCUGCUUACACCUAUGGUGGUCAUGGGCAACGGCGACGAACAGUCGCAGAUACCUCAGUACAUGAAAUCCGAGUACCAACAAAGCAAUAACACAUCGCUCUCCAAUGGCGAAGUAACCAUUGAGCCCAUCUUUAAAUCCGCUGUGACACGACGGUCAGCCCCCGUUGAUGAUAUAAUGGCGAAAGCAGCGAAACGAAAGGCAAUGGCAGCUCCUUUGCCAACAUUAACACCAAUCAAUGAUCCUAUCGAACUCUACUGUCUAUCCCUGGUUGACACUCUGCGGAGCAUGCCCAGAUCGGAACGAGAACGCGUGAAAUUUGAGUUUGCCAGCAUUCUCAAAGAUGCCAAGUACAAAGACGAGGCUUAAUCAAUUGCAUUACCUCAAAUGUCAUGGCAAAAAUUUACCGGAUCAUUAUACAUACGUACAAUUAUAAGUAAUAUUAUUUGUAUAUUUAUUAUUAUGAUUAUUAUUAUGUGCAAAAUAAUUAGAUUUUUCUAAGACGCUAAUUAGGCUAAGCUUAAUCUUUAUACUUAUAUAUUUAGUUUUUUUAUUACAAUGAUGUAGUAUGUGUCCAUAUCUAUUCAGUUGUAUCAACCAAAUAAAAUGAAUUACAAAAGUAACUCGAUAUUACAAAAAGAAGAAAUUGUUUUAUCCGUCCCUCCCCUUUCCUUUAUCCCCAAAACAAUUUCAGCAAAAACCCAUCUUCCACUGUAAGUAAACAA